GCUAACUCUGCAGCGUUUCUUUUUGCCAAAAUCAAUCCCACAAUCCCCACACACCGGCGGUGUAUUCAUUUGAAUGGUACAACUCUGAAACGCUAGCGGACCUGCACACAGAGGAGCUGCUCUGGAGUUUAACCAGUUUUUCACGUUUGGGAUUUACACACCUGAGGGGACCUGGUGCGCCUCACAAAAUGAAGCGUGUCUCCUACUAUGGAAGCUGGUAACUUGAGCAUGUUUGACAGUGAGAAGUCCUAAAGGUCAACCAGCAUACAUCCAUAUGGCUUUCUGCGACCCUGCCUGCACUUUUCUGCUGAAAAGAACAUGAAGCAGGUGGAUAUUAUAAAUAAGGAAGAAUUAGAUAAAGAGAGAUUUCCAGUGCAUUACGGAGUACACGGCCCAGGCAAAGCGAAGCAAUUGUCAACUUGCAAGAGGAAAAGUUGUCCAUUGGCGGAGGUGGGCUUAAAGCUGCGCCGCAAAUCAUCAGAUGUAGGGCGUGCCCGUGACCCCGGCAUGGCCAACAAAGAAAAUGAGCUGACGUGCUCCGAUGAUGUGCGGGGCAUCUACCACAAUGACAACUGCGGGCUCCCUGUGAACUCUGCAGAGGCCUCCAAGAUGGCAGGGGCCAGCUCCAAGUAUGGCGACUUUACCGAGCUAUCAAAGGACCACGAAGCUAUGACUCACAUCCUCUUCGGAAGGAACCUACGACUAAAAGUAGCCCAAACACUAUGGCGAAAAAACGCCAGUGAAUUAGUGGCCUACCUAAUAAGAAUUCAGGACACAGGGGUGCUGCUUGACUGCUUACCUGUCUUAACUAACAACCUUCAGACUGAAGCACCAUGUUUAUCACUUGGCUGCUGCGUCGACCUCAUGCCCCUAGUGAAAGUGAUUCUUGCCAGUAAAUAUGAAGAAAACAUAAUGGUGGGUUUACACUGGGUUCAAUCCGUCAUCAGGAAGUGGUGGCCAGAACUUUCUAAGAAUGAGAAAAGACUGCGGGACAGUUGUUCGGAGGACAGGAAUAUUGAGGUCAUGAAGCAGCGGCUGAAGGACUUGUGGAAGGACGGAGCCCGGUUAUGUUUGGUUCCAGGAUCUACGGGAGAACUGGCAAAGGCCAUCGAGUCUUAUCUAUCACAGCUGCCAUGACCGUCGUCCGUGUAGCACUCUGAGGAUGUGACCACUACUGCCAGAUCAUGGCUGUGUUUUGAACUGAUAAUGACGCCAGAGAACUGGACUGGUUCAUUCUGCCACUCAAACUCAAAACCUCUUACUGGGACUGAACUUGACAAUUCAGACAACUCCCUCAGUUAGAGCUGGAGACUCUUAAGGAGGGCUGAGAGAGGAGAAAAACACACACACAGCAAAUGACUGCUUCACAUUGAAGUGGACCGUCUUGUGAAGGGGCAUAUUUAGUGGACCUCCAUGAGACUGGGUGUAACGUCGCUCUAUGAAGUGCCAAGCUCUUUGUCUCUCACUACACCACUCUUUGCCAUGGAAUGCAAAUGCACUUGUGGAUGUAAUGAAUGCUCCGCUGUUUUUAAUGUUUGUUUUUGCGCCUGGGUUCUCCGGAAUCAGGAACUUGAAUCUACAACAGUCUUAAGUUAUUAGAGCUCCUCUUGUUUUCAUUUUGCCUCUUCAUAUGACAUCUGACUGUAUCAUGUAAAUUGUAAAAACAAGUGAUUCUUUUAA